UCUUCACGCUUAAUCUAAGUUUAUGUCUCACUGCUCUCAUCUGCACUACAGCCGGGUACAAAUCUCCAUCAUCCUCUCCUCCUAAGCUGCUGCAUCUUCUAUAACCUUCCAACUUUUCAGUGUGAGUUUGUGAUUAGCAGACUCUGUCACAUUUGAUAAGAUUAAUGAGCUGAGUGCUGUAAACAUCCGAAGGAGCCAUAUUGUAAACGGUGCUGGCCGUCUUCGCUCACCUAAUGUUUUAACCGUCAUUACAUCACCCAUAGGACCGAAAAAAAUGUCAGGGAGAUGCUCUAUUGUUUGUGAGUAAAACCGGGCAGAGAUGCGUCGACCUGCCGCCCACACGGCGCACAUGGCGACCGGCAGCCUUCACGUUUUUUCUCCCCACAUUGUACCCCCCGUUAAGAUGAAACAAUAGCAGCUAUCAUGUGAUGAAGCCACUCGGUGCCACAGCUUUUGGAGGAAAAAUAAUAAUGCUGCUUCCCACAGCCAUCACAGCCGCCAGGCCCGGCCUCCUGAUUGGCUCUUUUGUGUCACAUGACCAGGAAUUGGCUGCAAAUUCGCCCACAGUUCUUCAGUUUAGCCUACCAGGGUCCCCAUACGCUAGUAAUAUCACCAAUAUACACAAUUAUUAUAUAGCACCGCAUUUACGCCACUGCGGUCGGGAGUCUGCAUGCUCGUGCGUUUUUUAUUCUUUUGAGAAGCCAUAUUGUAUUGUGUGCGUGUGUGAGCGUGCGUGCGUGCGCGUAUGUGUUUUGUUUUUUUUUAUUUUGGGGAAGGGAUUGUUCGGGGGUCUCGCCGUGAGAGGGUGAUCCGGUUUGAGGGAGCUAUGAAUUUUGAAUUCGAGAGGGAGAUCGGUUUUAUAAACAGCCAGCCGUCCCUAGCAGAGUGCCUGACGUCCUUCCCCGCCGUCCUGGAGUCAUUUCAAACUUCAUCAAUCAAGGAGUCGACAGUAAUUCCGCCUCCCUUCGAGCACACCAUCCCCAGCCUCAGCCCCUGCACAGGCAGCCAGCCGAGACCGACUGCAAGGAGCCAGCAGAACCGGGGAAACUCCGCCACUAAUGGCCUCCAGACGCACCAUCGAGCUGCCCACCAGCCCUGUCCGCCCGGUCAGGCCCCUGCCAUGGCCGCGGCAUCCACGGCCGGUCCGCUGGCCCACGAGUUUCCCUGGAUGAAGGAGAAAAAGUCAUCAAAGAAAUGCCCCAAGCCUGGGAGCAGCUCCAACGGUGGCGGACCCAUCAUCCCCCCUGCAUCAUCCUCCCCGUCGCCCACCGCCUCUGGGUACGCUUCGACGGGCAUCGAGUCGCCCACAGACCCGGGACAAGCGGGCCUGGAUCCUGGAGGAGCCGGGUCCCGAAGGCUGCGCACUGCCUACACCAACACGCAGCUGCUGGAGCUGGAGAAGGAGUUCCACUUUAACAAAUACCUCUGCCGGCCCAGGAGGGUGGAGAUCGCCGCUCUCCUGGAUCUGACUGAGCGGCAGGUCAAAGUCUGGUUCCAAAACCGGCGAAUGAAACACAAGCGUCAGACCACGCACCAUCGGGAAGGAGGCAGUGGAGGCCCGGAAUCCAGCGACCCGGGCGGGUUUGAGCCGCUCGAAGGCGCCGAUGCCUCCUCUCCGUACUCUAGUCAGCCGCUGGAAGCUUCUGGCACCGGGGAGGCUUCAUCUGAAAGCGAGUCGGGGAGCGGCAAUCUAUCAUCGGCCGCCUACGCUGCUGACAGCGGCGACAAUGCGCAACCCACGCCGGAGGAGAGAAGCCGUUUGAGCCGCCCACCGCUGCCAGGAGCAUCUGGCUCCUCUGACGCUGCUGCGGCUCACCACUCACCACAGGACUCGGGCCUGAUGCAGCUCGGUGAGGCCGGGCCCGCAGCAGCUGCACCGGCUACUGAUCCUUCGUUCUCCGAGCAGCAGGACUCGUCCCUCACAUCCUCCUCGGCUCCUCCGGCCUCCUGCUCCUCCUCCGCGCUCCCGGACCUGACCUUCUUCGCAGGGGACGCCUGCCUGUCCCCGAGCCUGCAGAGCUCCCUGGACAGUCCGGUGGAUUUCUCCGAGGAGGACUUCGACUUGUUCACGAGCACGCUGUGCACCAUAGACCUGCAGCACCUCAACUUCUGAGAGGAGCUGCGAUAUUUUACAAAACAAAAUAAAAGUGAAGGAGGAGGCAGUGUGGACUGGCGGGCCUGUGUGGACCAACAAUCGAGCGGAUGAGUGUGUUGUUAAAGAAGCUGUUCGGCAACAUUCCUGAAACAUUUUCAGAUUGAAAAUUAUUUUCGUUUUUAAAAUAAAUUUCGUCUUUUUUGUUGUUUAAUUUCGCGAUUCAAUUUCAGUUCGAGAGAUGCAGUCGUUUUAUUAUUAUUUUUAUUUCUAACAGAGGGGAUUUUUUUUUCACGGUUGAAACGUUGUGGAUUUUUAUCUCUUCUUUGCCCAAAUUUCAGGUAUUUAUUUCCCUUUUUGCUUUUGAUAAUUUUGGAUGAAUUGGUGGACCUUUGUGUGGAUCUGUUUGCUCUUUAGUGUGUCCUGGUGCAGCUUCAUGGAUCUUACUAACCUCUCAGGAACUGUUCACGGAGUCUUUGUGCAGAGAGCUGGACUGCUCUGAAAGAAUGAAGCCCUGCUGAUGACCCCACUUUUAGACCCUAGUUUAUUUAUUGAGAUUCUUUAAUAGUGAAAAUCCAAAUUAUUUAUUGUACAUAUAUUUUCAUAGUGGAAUAAUAAUGAUAAU